GCGCGAGCCCGGAAGCGGACGGGGGCGGCGGCGUAGGAGCCUCGGGCGGGCAGGGGUUGCUGCGCUGUCCUCCGCUCCUGGCUCCUGGCUCUGCAGCCAUGCAGCCCCCGCCCCCGGGCCCGCUGGGCGACUGCCUGCGGGACUGGGAGGAUCUACAGCAGGACUUCCAGAACAUCCAGGAGACCCAUCGGCUAUACCGCCUGAAGCUGGAGGAGCUGACGAAACUUCAGAACAAUUGCACCAGCUCCAUCACGCGGCAGAAGAAGCGGCUCCAGGAGCUGGCCCUCACCCUGAAGAAAUGCAAACCCUCCCUCCCAGCAGAGGCCGAGGGGGCCGCGCAGGAGCUGGAGAACCAGAUGAAAGAGCGCCAAGGCCUAUUCUUUGACAUGGAGGCCUAUUUGCCCAAGAAGAAUGGAUUGUACCUGAGCCUGGUUCUGGGAAAUGUCAACGUCACGCUCCUGAGCAAGCAGGCUAAGUUUGCCUACAAGGACGAGUAUGAGAAGUUCAAGCUCUACCUCACCAUCAUCCUGAUCCUCAUCUCCUUCACCUGCCGUUUCCUGCUCAACUCCAGGGUGACAGACGCUACCUUCAACUUCCUGCUGGUCUGGUACUACUGCACCCUGACCAUCCGGGAAAGCAUCCUCAUCAACAACGGCUCCCGGAUCAAAGGCUGGUGGGUGUUCCAUCACUACGUGUCCACCUUCCUGUCGGGAGUCAUGCUGACGUGGCCCGAUGGUCUCAUGUACCAGAAAUUCCGGAACCAAUUCCUGUCCUUUUCCAUGUACCAGAGCUUUGUGCAGUUUCUCCAGUACUACUACCAGAGUGGCUGCCUCUACCGCCUGCGGGCACUGGGUGAGCGGCACACCAUGGACCUCACUGUGGAGGGCUUCCAGUCCUGGAUGUGGCGGGGCCUCACCUUCCUGCUGCCUUUUCUUUUCUUUGGACACUUCUGGCAGCUUUUUAACGCACUGACGUUGUUCAACCUGGCCCGGGACCCUCAGUGCAAGGAGUGGCAGGGUUGUGCACCAGAAGUUUCACAGUCAGUGGCAUGGAAGCAAGAAGGAUUGAGGCUGGGCCUUCCGCUGCCAGCCCAGAGGGGAUUCUGUGUCCCACGUGUUGGAGGGGAUGGGAGGCACCCCUCGAGUGUAUGUGUGUAUCAGGGGGUCUCUGCUGUUCUCCCUUGGGUUUUAUGGGCUCUGUGGGCCCUGAAGGAAGACCUGGGCCCAGUGCCCUCAAUAAAGAGAGGCCCAGAGGUAGCCUGAGCAUGUGUGUUCUCUGGGGGGAGGGCAGGGCUUGGCGACCCCGCUACAUGGCUUCCUGGGUCUGAGUUAAGUUGAUCCAGGUGGAGGCUCCAGAUCUACUCACACAAUACCAGGCAAAUACAGAAAACAGAACUUUA